UUCAGAAGGUGGACCACGAACAAGCUCUGAGGAACUUGCUUUUCAUUUGUUUUUAUAAAAAUUGACAAAUCUGCAGAUUUAAGGGAUACGAAAGGAUAUACGUGGAUAAUAUGAAAGGACUUAUUUUUGCGGUGUUACUGGGCACCGCAUUUGCAACUGUUCCCAGAUGCACUAAGCCAGGUCUCACUACUCAUGUGACUGAUUGUCGGAAAUACAUUCAAUGCACGGAGGAUUUAAGACCUGUCGAAAAGGCAUGUCCUGAAGGUUUGGAAUUCAACCCGACAUUGGAGAAAUGUGACUGGCCAAGGGGAUUUUGUACGGUUCAAGGAAAGCGACCAGUUGAACAUGUGAUGAGUUGUCACGGUCUAUCGGAUAGCGCCUAUUAUCCUGACUAUGCGGAUAACUGUCGUUCGUUUUACUAUUGCGACAAGGGCGUGCCUAAGGUUGGACAGUGCGGCGAUGGAAAACUGUUUGACAAGACUACCAGACAGUGUACUGACGAACAUGAAGUCAAGUGUCAGCCGUUUGAGGAUGCUACCAAAUCUCUGGAACUGGAUUGCUCUUCGAAAAAGCCCUCAUCCCCAUUGGGUAACAUCGAAGAAAACUGCAAGUCCUACUAUCACUGCGUCAACGGAGCUACAGUUAAAACCUAUUGUGAAGGGUCUCUAAUCUAUAGUUCAGCCACUGGAAAAUGUGAAUGGCCAACUAAUACCAAGUGCAACCGUGAUCCACCAGUUAUUCGUGGCAGAUCCUUUGCUUACGAUGAUGACUUCCCCGAGGGAAUUUGUAGUGGUGUUCAAAGUGAGCACGUUAUUGGACCUAAUCGAAACCGAAAUUGUGCCUCAUAUUUUGUUUGUCGUGACGAUGCCGUUGUUGAGGAGUUCUGUGGAGGACAAUUGGUAUUCAACUCAGAUCUGGGUGUUUGCGAUUUUCCGGAGAAUGUCAAACGUUGCAAACUUAUCAGCAACCUUGACAGAAUUUUGGACUGCUCCGGUAAACACAGGACUAUACAUGAGCAUCCAACUGACUGUUCAACCUACUUGACCUGCAUUUUGGGCCAACCUCUUCUAAGUCGGUGUCUCCUAGGAGAAAGGUUCGACGCCCAGCAGAAGCGAUGUAUUCCAGACCCAGACCGAACUUGUAAAGCUACCAAUCGUCAGAUCGAGACAGUGGAGGCCCUUGCCGCAGUACAUGCUUCUAAGAAUGACUUGGAGAUGGGCGAGCAAAGGAUUCCAAACAUGGCAAACGGAUGUAAAUCGUACUUUGACUGCUCCAAGGGAACUUGUCAGGAAGAAUACUGUGAAGCUGGAUUGGCUUUUGAUUAUGAGACUGACAGCUGCGAGCCCGAGGAUUCGGUAUUCUGCGAAAAUGCAUUUCCGGCUGGUUUGAUCCAAGCACGAGCAUAUCUACCAAAAUGUAAGCUAAUAGGAGGGGAUGCAUGGCACCCAGAUGAGAAAGAUUGUACCAAAUUUUCUGUCUGCAAUAACGGUCGGAAGGUUCAGCGUCAGUGCCACUAUGGACAACGUUUUGACAAGAAAACUUUGAGGUGUUCUCCCGAUAAUGGAGUUUGCAUGACUAAGGCAUGCGGUCAAACUCCUCACGGUCGCCGCGUAGCAGACUCUAGUGAUUGUCGCAAUUAUUUGGAAUGUCUGAAUGGCGAACUUAAGGAAAAUUCUUGUCCCCAAGGAAUGUACUACGAGUCCUCCAAGGAACAGUGUGUUAUCAAUAGUGGUCAAUGUCAAGUUGGACAAAAAACCGAAUUCAACUGUGGAGUCCUUACUAAUGGUCUCUUUGCUCCGGAUGACAGCAACUGCGUUAACUUCUAUGUUUGCAUUAAUGGUGACCUGAAGAAGAUGGCUUGUCCUGAUGGUCAGUAUUUCCAUGCAUCAAACCUCCAGUGUACAAGUGAUGAUGGAACAUGUUCAAAAGUGGUGAAGGCUCCUGUGGCUGCUGUCAAAGGGAACUGUGGCCAACAUUCUAACGGUGCAAGAAUCAAAAAUACAUUGGACUGUACGCGGUAUUCGAUUUGUGUCAAUGGAGAGAUUCUACCACAAAAAUGUCCUGAAGGACAGUACUUCAGCGUGAAUCAUGGAGUUUGUAUUUUGAAUGAUGGAUCAUGCGGUUCAAAGCAAGAAGUAGCGAAACCAGCACCAUCCCAGACGGUAAUUAUUUAG